AUGUCCAAACGCUCCCGAAGCUGUUCACACUCCCUAUCGGACCCGGAGUCACAAUCAAGGUCCUCAAUACAUACAGGCAGUACCAGGCCUGCUGAUUCAGAACGAGCGAAGAUCGCACGGGACUCGACCCCUGUUUCCGAGGUCAUGCAUUGUGCGCUACCGCCACAUAGGGAGACUCUAUCAUUUACCUCCUACGAGGACUAUGAAGUUCAUUACGCUCAGGCACAUGUCAACCGCUGCUCACAGUGUAGUAAGAACUUUCCUACUGGCCAUUUUCUGAAUCUUCAUAUCGAGGAAAAUCAUGAUCCUCUUGCAGCGGCUCGAAGGGCACGAGGGGACAAAACUUAUGGCUGCUUCGUUGAGACAUGUGAACGGAAAUGCUCGACUCCCCAGAAACGGAGGCUACACUUGAUAGACAAGCACAUGUUUCCUCGGAGCUAUAAUUUUUACAUUAUCAAUGAUGGAAUCGACAAGCAAACCUCGCUACUACGGCCAAUGAACAGCGACCGCACCCGACGGCGCAUUUCCACGGCGUCUAUCUCGUCAAUCAAUGAGGGGCGGCUGCGGCGGCGGAGCUCAGCAUCUCAAACAAUCCCUCCGCCAAUUCAAAUGAAGCCCCCGACCUCGGAUGACAUGGAAAUCGAUGACCUGGAGCGGUCCAUGUCUGCGCUUCGGUUUGUGCCUUCUAGUGUCGCGAGGAACCGGGCGAAAGGAUCGCGUUCGAGGCCUUAA